GACACAAACACGGACGAGUGUUUUUGUGCGACCGUUGGAAAACGCAAACGGAUUAUUCGCAAAUAUACCGUACGCGCUGAAAUGACCGAUAACGUAUCGUUGUGCGACGUACAGUCGCGCUGAAGAACGAAGGAAAGUGAAAAAAAUGUUUUUUUGUUCGCGAGGGGGGAUAGAAGGAUGUGCGUAGCCGAGUUAGCUUUAGCCUUAGCGUAUCGGUUGUUCUGACGAAAUGACCGAACGAUUCACCAACAGUUUAUCCCCAAACCAACUGGGUUAUUUUAUAGACGACUAAGGAAUACAACCGACCCGGAUUUUGAUAACAAAUGAACCCCUCAUAUCAGAUCAUUGCUAACUAGCGAGCUGCUCCACGGAAUCUAUUAACUCGCUAGUUAGCUAGUGCUUUGCUAAUAGACGAAACAGUGUAACGUCUGUCAUCUCUCGUUAACCCACAAAAGGCUUGAAUGAUUGAGUGAAAUGUGAGGGAUGGUCAGCAUAUAAAUCUCUUUGAGGAACUCUGUGUGUGUAGAACUUCUCUGGCCGGCCGUCAGUAUGAAUGGGGACAUGCCGCAUGUGCCCAUUACAACCCUUGCUGGGAUUGCUGGUCUCACUGACUUGCUGAACCAGCUGCCCCUGCCCUCCCCGUUACCGGGCACCACCACUAAGAGCCUAUACAGUGGGCAUGUAGCUGAGGAAGUGGGCCAUCUGAUGGGCUGCAGGGAUGAAACUCUGGUUUCUCAACUCGCCAGCGGACUCAGCCAGGUCUCCACGGAGCACAUAGAGCUGAAGGACAGUUUGGGCAGUGAUGAGUUGGAGGGAGAUGUACCAGUUCUGCUGCAGCUCCUGCUGUCCAGAAACCCAAACAUCUUCAGAAACAAGAGCACACCCAGCACUCCGCAGUAUCCAGCACAGGCGGGUAAGAGUCACCCCAACCACGACACAGGUAUGGGCCAGCAGUCAAUGGCACCCCCAUAUAAAAUCAUGCACAGCCCAGUCUCUGGCAACUACCAGCAGGCACCCAUGUCCCAUAGUCCAUCUGGGCGUUUUGUACCAGGGCAGUCUGGUUCUGGUGGACGUUUUCUGCCCCAGCAGAGCAGUCCGGUGCCCAGCCCUUACGCCCCCCAAAGUCCCGCUGCUGGUUACAGACAGUACCCCCACCCUCCAGCAUACAGCCACCAGCACAUACAGCCAGGCUCAGUAGCAAGUCCAAUGGUUCCAGGUGGCAUGAGAAAUGUUCACGAGAACAAGGAUCAGAUGAGAACAUUCACGUCGUCUCAUAUCCUGCAGUCAUCUCCACCCUACACCCCUCCUCGUGACGGGGCUUCAGACAUGCUCCUCGGCUCUCCGGACAAGCAGCGUGGUCUGAAGCCUGGCGAGGGGGAACGCGAGCAAGCUGAUAAGGCGGCGGUGUAUGAUAUCGUGGGCUCACCUGCAAAAGACCACACUAAACUUUCCCUGCGUCGGUCACGGCCUGCGGACGUGGGGCUCGAGGGAAUGUACCCGGGCUCGGACCCGGAGGGAGAACUUGUGGAGGCGCUGGCUGCAAUAGAAAGGAUGGAAAGUGAAGCAGCCAUGGAAACGGAGCGCAGCGCUAAAGAGGUUCAGGACAAAGAUAAACCUUUGAAAAAGCGCAAACAGGAUUCUCAUCCUCAGGAGCCUGGCGCGGCUGGCACUGCGGGUUCGAGCUCUGGGGCUUCAGGUGGAGGAGGUGGGGCUAAUGCAGGCCACAGGCUAGCUCCUCAAGAGGCCAGCGCUGCCGGUACCAGCGCCAGCCGGCCGGGCCUCCAGGUCAGCUUGGAACAGGUGGGCAGGGUAGAGGAUGCCUGCAUGGGCGUGCCCACCCCUGCCAGCGAGGCUCAACGGUGGCCUCAAGAGCCGCAGGAGGGCGUCACCCCGAAAGCUCUCAAGCACGAACAUGCCCCCGAACACCGGCAUCGCAAUGAUGACAAGCAGCCCGAUACCCCACGACAGAAACACAGGCCCGAGGGUCGCCACGGUGAUGCCAGCACACAGCGUGCUGCCCAGUCGGGGAGUAAACCCGUUGAGCUUCUUCCUUACAUGCUGGGUGAAAACACCGGUUCUGGAGCGCUGAAGAACUUCACCAUCCCAAAAAUCAAGAAGGACGGAGGGGGAGAUGUUCCAGAUGGCUGGAAGCAGCCAUGCGUGCGACUUGAUAGACUGGAGUCCGAGGUUGACGUGAUGAAAGGCGUCAAGCCCGUGGUUGUUCUGCAGAAGCUCUCCAUUGACGAGGUGCAACGGCUCAUGAAAGAGAGAGACUCGCGCGGCUCCAAGUCCAGCAAGAACAGACUGUCCUCUGGGAGAUCUGGGAAAGGUGGUAUAGACCCAUCCGUGCUGAGGGAUCUUCCUCCUGAGCUGCUGGCAGAGAUCGAGUCAACCAUGCCUCUGUGUGAGAGAGUCAAGAUGAACAAACGCAAACGCAGUACAGUUAAUGAGAAGCCGAAGUAUGCAGAAGACAGCUCUGAGGACGAGCAGUACUCAUCUCGCAAACGUCAUAAAAAGGAUCGUGACAGAACGUGGGAAUUCGAGGAUCGAGACAGGAGGAGUUCUGGGGAGCAUCGAAGAGAAAGCAAAUUCGAUGCGCGCCGAGGAUCUGGAAGCCGAUACGAUGAAUCUGACCAGGACUCUCCUCCUCCCAGCCUCAGUGACGUUGCAAGACGUUUAAAGUCAAAAGAGAGGCAAAAGAAACGCAAAGCAUAUGAACCCAAGCUAACGCCUGAAGAAAUGAUGGACUCUUCAACGUUUAAAAGGUUCUUGUUGAGUAUUGACAACAUCUUGGAAAACCUAGAGGAUGUAGACUUUACUGUUCAGGAUGAUGAUGAAAUCCCUCAGGAGCUGCUGUUGGGGAAACAACAGCUGAAUGAGUUGGGUAGUGAAUCUGCCAAGAUUAAAGCCAUGGGCAUCACCUGCAGGAUUCCCUCUGAUAAGCUGGUGAAACUGUUAAACAUCCUGGAGAAGAACAUUCUGGAUGGGGCAACACUUUCCACACUCAUGAACCUUGAUAAUGAUGGUGAGGAUGAGGAACGUCUCUGGAGGGAUCUCAUCAUGGAGCGUGUGACCAAAUCGGCAGAUGCUUGUCUGACAGCGCUGAACAUCAUGACAUCAAUACGCAUGCCCAAAGCCGUGUACAUCGAGGAUGUGAUCGAGAGGGUCCUCCAGUACACAAAAUUCCACCUUCAGAACACUCUUUACCCGCAGUACGAUCCGGUUUACAGGGUCAACCCUAAAGGAGGUUCCUUGCUCAGCUCAAAAGCAAAGCGAGCCAAGUGCUCCACCGCAAAGCAGCGAGUCAUCGUCAUGCUUUAUAACAAAGUGUGUGACGUUGUCAGCAACAUCUCUGAGCUGCUGGAGAUUCAGCUGCUUACUGACACCACCAUACUGCAGAUCUCUUCGAUGGGCAUCACUCCGUUCUUUGUGGAGAAUGUCAGCGAGUUGCAGCUCUGUGCCAUAAAGCUGGUGACAGCGGUCUUCUCUCGGUACGAGAAACACAGGCAGUUGAUUCUCGAAGAGAUUUUUACUUCAUUGGCCAGACUGCCUACCAGCAAACGCAGCCUUAGGAACUUCAGGUUGAACAGUAGCGAUGCAGAGGGAGAGCCGGUAUUUAUUCAGAUGGUCAGUGCUCUGGUGCUGCAGUUAAUUCAGUGUGUGGUCAAUCUGCCCUCGGAGAAAGACUGCUCUGAAGAUGAUCACAAAAAGGUUGACGAUGAUGUGUUUAUUACCAACUCGUACGAGACUGCCAGACGGACGGCACAGAACUUUCUCUCUGUCUUCCUCAAAAAGUGUGGGAGUAAACAGGGUGAGGAAGAUUAUAGGCCGCUGUUUGAAAACUUUGUGCAGGAUCUGUUGUCUACGGUUAACAAACCCGAAUGGCCCGCCUCAGAACUUUUGCUGAGCCUGCUGGGCAGAUUACUGGUGCACCAGUUCAGUAACAAGCAGACAGAAAUGGCCCUGCGUGUGGCAUCGCUCGACUAUUUGGGCACCGUCGCCUCUCGACUGAGGAAAGAUUCAGUCACCAGCAGAAUGGAUCAGAAAGCCAUCGACCGCAUCAUCAGUGAGAGCUCAGAAGGAGAUGAGACCCAACGGUUACAGAAAGCACUGCUAGGAUACAUGGACGAGAACGCAGAGACAGACCCAGCCCUCAUGUUUGCACGCAAGUUUUACAUCGCUCAGUGGUUCAGAGACUGCACUACGGAGGCUGAGAAGGCCAUGCGUAAUCAGAGUCAAAAGGAUGAUGAUGAUGGGACGCAGCAUGCAAAAGAACUGCAGGCCACCGGAGACAUCAUGCAGCGCGCUGAAACUCGCAAGAAAUUCCUGCAUACGGUCAUUAAAUCCACUCCCAAUCAAUUUACUACUCUCAGGAUGAAUUCAGACACUGUGGACUAUGAGGACGCCUGCCUUAUUGUACGCUAUCUGGCCUCCACCCGACCCUUCUCUCAGAGUUUUGACAUUUAUCUGACGCAGAUUCUGCGAGUUUUAGGUGAGAGCGCUAUAGCAGUCAGGACCAAAGCCAUGAAGUGUCUGUCUGAGGUGGUGGCUGUGGACCCUAGUAUACUAGCCAGGUCGGACAUGCAGCGAGGUGUUCAUGGGCGUCUGAUGGAUAACUCCACCAGCGUGAGAGAGGCAGCAGUCGAGCUGUUGGGACGGUUCGUGUUGAGUCGACCUCAGCUGACUGAGCAGUACUACGACAUGCUCAUCGAAAGGAUACUGGAUACCGGUAUAAGUGUAAGGAAAAGAGUCAUCAAGAUUCUCCGAGACAUUUGUUUAGAGCAGCCCAACUUCAGUAAGAUCACAGAGAUGUGCGUGAAGAUGAUUCGCAGGGUCAAUGAUGAAGAAGGCAUUAAGAAAUUGGUGAAUGAAACAUUCCAGAAACUGUGGUUCACACCUACAGCAAGCCAUGACAAGGAGACCAUGAACCGAAAAAUUCUCAACAUCACCGAUGUGGUCGCUGCCUGUAGGGACACUGGUUAUGAUUGGUUUGAGCAGCUCUUGCAGAACCUGUUGAAGACGGAAGAGGACUCGGCCUAUAAACCGGCCAGGAAGGCUUGUGUGCAGCUAGUAGACAAUCUUGUGGAGCACAUCCUCAAAUAUGAGGAAGCGCUUUCAGAGCACAAGAGCGUGAACUCGACGCGGUUGGUUGCGUGCAUCACCACGUUGUAUCUGUUCAGUAAGAUCAGAGCGCAGCUGAUGGUGAAGCACGCCAUGACUAUGCAGCCCUACCUCACCACCAAGUGCAGUUCUCAAAGUGACUUCAUGGUCAUUUGUAAUGUUGCUAAGAUCCUGGAGCUUGUAGUUCCUCUGAUGGAUCACCCCAGUGAGAACUUCCUCACCACCAUGGAAGAAGACCUAAUGAAGCUUAUUUUAAAAUACGGCAUGACCGUUGUUCAGCACUGUGUUAGUUGUUUGGGUGCGAUUGUGAAUAAAGUGACCCGUAAUUAUAAGUUUGUAUGGGCGUGUUUUAACCGUUAUUAUGGGGCUCUGACAAAGCUGAAGGUCCAGCACCAGGAGGGCACGAACAGUAUGGCGCUUACUGCUACUAAAGCGGCUCUGCUCCGAUCGCUCUUCACAGUGGGAGCUCUCUGUAGACACUUCGACUUUGACAUGGAGGACUUCAAGGGGCCCACUAAGGUUGUUAUAAAAGAGAAGGUUCUGGAAUUACUGCUAUACUUCACAAAUCAUGAGGAUGAGGAGGUCAAGUGUAAAGCCAUCAUUGGCUUGGGUUUCCUGUUCAUCAUGCACCCGAGUCAGAUGUUUGUUCCAGAGGUGAAGACUUUAUAUAACGGGCUGCUGUCUGAUAAGAAGUGUACAAUCACACUGAAGAUCCAGGUGCUGAAAAACCUUCAGAUGUACCUGCAGGAGGAAGAUUCACGCAUGCAGGAGGCUGACAGAGAAUGGCAGAAGUUGUCAAAGCAGGAGGAUCUGAAGGAGAUGGGUGAUAUCUCAUCUGGAAUGAGUAGCUCCAUCAUGCAGCUUUAUCUGAAGCAGGUACUGGAGUCUUUCUUCCACACGCAGUCCAGCGUCCGGCACUUCGCCCUCAACGUCAUCGCUCUGACCCUCAGCCAGGGGCUCAUACACCCCGUACAGUGUGUGCCAUAUCUGAUUUCAAUGGGGACGGACCCUGAGCCCGCCAUGAGGAACAAAGCCGACCAACAGCUGGUGGAGAUUGAUAAGAAGUACACUGGAUUUAUCCAUAUGAAGGCUGUGGCUGGGAUGAAGAUGUCCUACCAAGUACAGCAGGCGGUCUUGGGUUCAGGAGUGUCGGUCAUCCGUGGUUUCCGCCAGGACGAGUCCAAUUCAGCUCUGUGUUCUCACCUGUACAGCAUGGUUCGAACGAACCGGCAACACAGACGAGCGUUCCUCAUCUCGCUCCUUAAUCUGUUCGACGACAGCUCGAAGAUGGAGGUAAACAUGCUGUUGUUCAUGGCUGAUAAUUUGGCCUACUUCCCCUAUCAGUCUCAGGAGGAGCCUCUCUUCAUUAUGCAUCACAUAGACAUCACGCUGUCGGUGUCGGGCAGCAACCUGCUGCAGUCAUUUAAAGAGUCUCUCAUCAGAAUUCCAGGCCGAAAAAGCAGGAAAAGGACUCGACGGAGAAGGCAGCAACAAAACGGUUCGGAGGAGCAGAGAACAGAGCAGGAGGAAGAGGUAGACAGGCACAGCGGAGAUGAAAUGGCUGAGGAUGAUGAUGAUUUUGAGGAGGAUGAAGAUGGGCAGCGAGUGAGAAAACCCAAGCCGACGGAGAACGCCAAGGAGCCGGAGUCCGAAUCGGAAUCUGAUCUGGAAGAUGCCGAUGCCGUCAUGGAGCGUCUCCCUGACGACACAUCACCUCUCCUGGACUUCGCCAGAGCAUCACAGGGCAUUUUGUUACUGCUGGUGCUGAAACAACAUCUCAAGAAUCUCUACGGGUUCUCCGACAGCAAAAUUCAGAAGUACUCGCCUACAGAGUCAGCCAAGGUGUACGAUAAAGCCGUGAACAGAAAGUCAUCCGUACAGUUCAGUCCACGGCAGACCAUCGACUUUCUCAACCACUACGAUGUUCACGGUGAUCUGACCUACGAGCUGAAGAGGAAGAUCGUCAAACAGUACCUUGAUUUCAAGUUGCUGAUGGAGCACCUUGAUCCCGAUGAAGAGGAUGAGGAGGGAGAACAAACGAGUGCAAACGUGAGGAAUAAAGCCAUCACAGCACUGCUGGGAGGUGCGGCCACGAGCCCCCGAAACCACCACACGCUUGACUCCGAGGAUGAAGAUAGCGAAGGGGAAGAAAGAACGCCAGGGGCAUCUAAGCGAGGAAAGCGUGGGGGAGACUCUGCGGAUCUGCUGUUGGCCAACAUGAGCGAGUCUGUGAGCGCGCUCGACAUAAUAGCCAUCCACUGCCCCAAAUACAGAGACCGGCCGCAAAUCGCGCGAGUCAUCCAGAGGAACAGUGACGGUUACAGCAUCCACUGGAUGGCCGGCUCUUAUUCGAGCCCAUGGUCCGAGGCCAAACGCCGCGACGGACGUAAGCUGGUGCCUUGGGUGGACACCAUCAGAGAGACCGAUAUCAUUUACAAAAAAGUCACACUCACUAGCGGCAACAAGCUCACCCACAAGAUGGCACAGACUCUACGCGCGCUGUACGCCGCCAAGGACAGGAACUCCAGCUAAUGAUGCAUAAACACGCGUACACGUGCUUUCUAGACCUCUCAUCUCAAACCUUCUCGCGCGCAAACACAUACAACGUCAUGCCUACCAGCCAAACAUCUCCCGGGUCAUCUUACGUCAGCCAAACCCACACAUAAACACACACACACAAGCGGCUAUUCUACACUACAGACUUUUCUCUCCGAUGCACUCUGGGUCCGCCGGCCACAUUUUGAGAGAGACGCCGCGCCAGGGUGCAUCGUCGUAUCGCAGGAAUAAAAUGUUUGGAGAAACAUUGUAUGGGUGCUCCUUCGCUGUUGUGCAGCAGAUUUCUGGUUGUUUGAUUUCUACUCCCAGUGUAUCAUAGUUUAACAUAAAAAAUAUUGUUUAUAUCUAUAAAAGAAAUUUAAAUAUAUACUGAAUGUUGAAAGAAUUAGUUUGUUGAUGUUUUUACCUUUUUCCUUUACUUUCGUUUUUGAUUUCUCUGCGUCAAACGGCUAUCUAUAGCUUAGCUCCUCCUUUACUGGCUGAUGACUCUUUCUGUUGAGCUGUUUGUCCAUUUUUGUACGAUAGCACCGUGUGGCUGUAAUUUAUUGUGUAUAGCAUGCAGUGUCUGAGGAGGGCUGUGUCGAAGGACAUUCGCGAUUUAAUUGGUCGCCCUGCUCAGCGUAAAGGGACCCACAUGCCUCUGAUGGAACAAAUACUGCAAUAAAUUUUCUACUUCUCUUA